ACCAUCAACCAUGCAAUGUAUACCCCACCCAUAAAAUUUCCUGCCGUUAAAGUAGUGAUCUUGAACCUAAAGAACAAGAAAACCAGUCCAGUGGAGUUCUAUUAUCAAGAAAUUCAAUUCAAGGCACAAAAAAUUGUCACCAUCAGUAUGCAAUCUUUAACCUCACUUUCCGAUGGAGGAAAUGGAAAUGCUCCGCCUCCUGGGUUGGUGGGUCUGAAUCAACUGCCGCCGCCUGAGGUGGUGGGUAUCAGUGUAAAUGGAUCUUCAUCUUCUUGUUCUUUGAAAAGAAAGAGACCUGCUAUGAUUGAGAUCCCAAGUGUUCUCCAAGAAAUUAGUACAGAUGUUUACAAAAGCUCUGAUAUUCAGGUUCAAUACGAUAAUACUGUGUGCUUCAGUGAUUCUGGUGUCGGCGUUUUUUCAUUCAAAGGCAAGAAAAAGAUCAUGGAAGAUGCCCACAAGAUUUUUUCUACCUCAAAUAUGAAAAAGAGGUUUUUCGGGGUUUAUGAUGGGCACGGUGGGACGAAAGCAGCAGAGUUUGUGGCAAAUAAUUUGCAUUUAAAGAUUUUUGAGAUGUUGGAGAAUUGUCCUGAUGAUAAAGCAAAAGAAGAAGCUAUAAAGAAAGGGUAUUUGAAAACAGAUGAAGAAUUCUUGAAAAAGGGAUUAGGUAGUGGUGCUUGUUGUGUUACUGCCAUGAUUGAAGGACGGGAGAUGAUAGUUUCAAACUUGGGAGAUUGCAGAGCAGUUCUAUGUAGAGGUGGAAUAGCUGAAGCCCUUACAACAGAUCAUAGAGCAGGACAAGAGAAUGAGAGGAAAAGAAUCGAGGACAAGGGAGGAUAUGUGGAGAUUCAUAGGGGAACUUGGAGAGUUCAUGGAAUACUCUCUGUUUCAAGAAGCGUUGGAGAUGCUCAUCUGAAAGAUUGGGUAUUUGCCGAGCCUGAUACUAAGGUCAUAUCUUUGACUCCGGAGAUGGAAUAUCUUGUCUUAGCAUCUGAUGGACUCUGGGAUGAGGUUGGAAAUCAAGAAGCAAUAGAUAUUGUGACGCGCUCAUGUUCUAUUGAAAAGAAACUGCAAUCAAUGGGAGCUUCUCUGAAACAGAAUAGCAAUGUAUACGACUGUUUAAUUACCAGUCCUUUGUCAAGAUCACCUAGAGUUUCGCUGGUUAAGUUGAAGAGAAGACAACAGCCUACAAGCCAGAAAAAGACUAAGGUUUGCAGGAAACGAAGUGAAGAUGGAUUCAGUCGCGAAAAUGAAAGUCCUCCUUCUAAGGUUCGUCGAAUUUCAAUGGUGAACCAAAUCAAGUUAAGGAAUCCACUUUCGAAGAAUGAAAAUAAUGACUUUGCUGAGAAACUGGAUUCUUCUGGUGGACUUUUGGCUGCUUGCAAGGAGCUUGCUGGACUUGCUGUAACUAGGGGUAGUAUGGAUGAUGUUACAGUGAUGAUAAUUGAUCUGAAAAAUUAUAGAAGUUAAGACUUUUUUUCGACUUAAAUGUUUAGCGAUAUCUCUAUUUUAUUAGUGAUCAAAGUACUUCAUAAUCUAACUUUACACUACAAAUUCGAAGGUUGUAACAUAACAUUGAUUUCUUAAUAUUAGUGAAAGUAAGCUCGUUGAAGUUGAUAUUCGAAUAUGUUCACGGGAAAAUUUGAGAAUAU